GCCUUGUGGAGAAGAUGAACCUGCACUUUGUCAGCCUUUUUCUCCUCACUUUGGAUUUAGUCUCCGUCGCACUCAGUUUGUCGACAUGCAGCGUAUUGGACACGGAGCAGUUCAAGAAGAGGCGCAUCGAGGCCAUCCGAGGGCAGAUCCUGAGCAAACUCAAGCUCAGCAAUCCCCCCGUGGACUUCCCCGAGCCCGAGGACGUUUCCCGGGACAUCGUAGCCAUUUACAACAGCACCAGGGACCUCCUGCAGGAGAAGGCCAAUGAACGGGCGGCGACGUGCGAGCGACAGCGGAGUGAAGAGGAGUAUUAUGCCAAAGAGGUGCACAAGGUCGAAAUGCAGCCCAUCUACCCAUCUGAGAAUGUUAUCUCCCCCACUCUCUUCAACCCCUACUUCAGACGGCUAAUGUUUGAUGUUUCCUCCAUGGAGAAGAAUGCCUCCAACCUGGUGAAAGCUGAGUUGAGGAUCUUUCGACUUCAAAACCCCAGUGCCAGAGUAUCCGAGCAACGCAUUGAGCUAUACCAGAUUUUAACACACAAAGACCUGACAUCCCCAACGCAACGAUAUAUUGACAGCAGAGUAGUGCGAACACAAACAGAAGGCGAAUGGCUGACUUUUGAUGUGACUGAGGCUGUGAGUGAAUGGAUGAACCACAGAGACAGAAACAGUGGAUUCAAGCUCACCCUACACUGUCCAUGCUGUACUUUUGUACCAUCAAAUAACUACAUCAUUCCCAACAAGAGCGAGGAGCUGGAGGCACGGUUUGCAGGUAUUGAUGACAGCUUCAUCCACGGUGGUGACCUAAAAGUAUUCAAGAGGCGGCGCCACAGUGUUAGGGCUCCUCACCUCCUACUCAUGCUGCUGCCCUCAUAUCGGUUGGAGUCUCCGUUUCACCCCAAAACCCACCGAACAAAGCGAGCCUUGGAUGCAGCUUACUGCUCCAGAAACGUUCAGGACAACUGUUGCUUAAGGUCCCUCUACAUCGACUUUAAGAAAGACCUCGGCUUUAGGUGGAUUCAUGAGCCCAAGGGCUACGAGGCCAACUUCUGUGCCGGAGCCUGUCCUUAUCUAUGGAGUGCUGACACACAACAUUCCAGGGUGUUGGGCCUGUAUAACACCAUUAACCCAGAUGCAUCAGCGUCACCCUGCUGUGUGUCCCAGGACCUGGAACCCCUCACCAUCCUGUACUAUAUCGGCAAGACUCCCAAAAUAGAACAACUCUCCAAUAUGAAGGUCAAGUCUUGCAAGUGCAGCUAGAAACUCUUAGCACAACCCACGCCCACUUUCCUUCACACAAUGUGCAGCCGCAGCCUCUUCUAUUUCCGCAUACAUGCGGACUCAAGUGUCAUGUGCACCGGCAAUGCUUCCAAACACACCGAACACCAUUGGCAUGACAUACUCAAAAGACUUUGACACCAAUGCACAGUGUCUACCACAAUGGCUCACGUUGCUUAACGCGGCAAAUCUGGGCUUGUGGGUUGAUAUUUUCAUGAGGAACACGAGUCCACGUUGCAAUGUGCUGUCAAUUUGCGGUGCCCUACUUGGCUCUCUAAGCACGAGCGCCUGUUGGCUAUCAGAUGUCAACAUUCAGCCUUUUAGACCCAAUAAACCCUCUUCUCUUGGAAGAGAAACAUUGCAGUCAUUUUGGUGCUAAGUAAAGGGCAUUGUUCCCAUGCAGACAUAUUUAAUGCUGGAAGAUAAAGACAUCCCGAAUACUUUGUUAUAAAAAUGACAACCGUGAAAUAAUGGACAUGUUUCUACACGACAUGGGCAGUGACGUGUGCGCAGUAUGUGGACCACACCACGGUCACAAACAGUUUUAGUGAGUUUGACAAUAUCGGCUACAGAUAACAGAUGUGUGUCUCAUUCGAUCAGUCCAGUUUAGUUUAGCAAAACUGCUCUGUUAUUUUUAUUGUAUUAUUUUUAUGACCAAAUUUGCUACAUUCACGACGGUCGGCUUCACCACACAAAUCGAAUAAAACCUGCCAAAUGACAACCGUGACGAAUUGUCAUAAUGAACAAGUGGCUUUACAAGUCGAUGCCCUUUUGUUUGUCUUUUGAAGGCCAAGUCAACACGAAUCACCUCACGCACUUGUCACACCAGACAUGAGAGUUAAGGCAAACACUGGAGGUUUAUGUGAGAAGUAUGAAGGUUCAUUUGUUCCUUUAUUGCCAGAGCUUUUUUUUUGGAGACGCUGACUUUUGUGGACUGGAUUUUUUUUCCCCCGUCAAAUUAUGCUGACGUUUUAAUUGAAUAAAAAUGUGUAAGCAAAAUGAAGGCAUUUUGAAAUUGAGUUAAUUAAAAUACAGUGUUCUAAAAUUCAGUGCAAAUAAAUAUUUUGGAUGUUUUAAGACUCACAGAUGGGCUUCAGGUAAAUUAAGACGAUCGCUCAGAACCAGUAAGUGUCAUGUGACGCGACAACGACACGACAAAAAUUGGAUGUGUGUCUUGAAAAAAUAUAUUCAUAUAUUUGCACUGAAUGUUUAUAAACUAUACAUUUUUAUUAACAGAAUUUUUAUAAACUGAAUCUUAAAACACUGUAUUUAAAAAAAAAAAAAACAAUUACACACGCAUUUUGAUGAAUGACUGACAUUUUCACCAUAAUUUGAUGUGGAGAAAAAAACGUUCCCAAAAUUCAAAUUCAGUGUCUCUAAACAGCUGUGGUAAUAAAAGAAAAAAAAAUCUUCUAUCUGUGUCUAUAUGUGAAGUAAUAGAAAUGUCAUAGCUCCACCCUCAGCAUCCAUCCAUCGUUUUGAGGGCUCUCUUAUCCACAGUCCCAUCCCCAUUUGAAAGUGUUGUGUCUGUUUUUAUAUACUUCGUACGUUAAUGUAUUCUUGGUUUUGCUAUUUAAGAUGUUCGUGCUUGCGUGCUUCAGCACCCGAAACAUUUUGAAUAAGGUAGAACAGUGGGAACUCUUGCAUUGAUGGAAAUGCAACCUCGACAUUCUUUUCUAUGAUACAGGUGCUGGACCUAUUUAUUAAUAUUUUCAUGAUUGUCAGAAAAGGUCACCAGAAGAGAUGUCAUGUUAGAAAUGCAUUAAUUUAGUUGAAAUUGUACAGUGGAACCUCAGUUACCGUCCGCCCCGGUUAGCAUGUUUUUUUUUGGUUAAUGUAAAAAAUGUAGGCCAAACUUUUGCGUCAGUUUACGUACAUUUGCUGGUUAGUGUAAAAUCUUGUCGUGUUAUUAAUAUACUGCUUGAGUCCAACUCUGUUCUUAAUGUAUUUUUAUUACAGAAUAUCCUUAGCUUCUAAAAAAGAAGCUUAACUUGCUAACACAAUAGCAACCGGACCGGAAGUCAGCUGCGUCGCCUGUCAGAAUCAGUAAGUAAGUAUGCUUACACAAACAAGGAAUUUGACUUUGGUUAAAUUAGCUCUCACUGUGCAUAUACACAACACUUAAGAAAGAAAUAAUGAAAAAGUAGAUUAACAUGUGCAAAAGGGGAUAACAAAAAAACAGGGGAAGAAACUGUCUCUGUGCCUGCGGGGUGGAGUUUGAACGGUUGUUCGGGGUCUGCAGUGAUGUUCCCUGCCCACUUCCUGGCCCUGGACCGAUACAGGUCACCUAUAGAGGGAAGGUCGGCUCCAAUUAUGUUUUCUACAGACCUCAUGGUCCUUUUUAGUCUGUUCCUGUCCUGAACCAAACCAGACAGUGUCUAUGAUGUUAACACAAAACAUGUUUUUCUAAUUUUGCAUGCAUAAAACAAUUCUAAAUGCAUAUAAAUGAUGAAUGAAAGUGAUACAUGAACAUUUCAGGUAACUUUUACCUUCAUUGAAGAUGUGAUUCUUGACGUGACUAUUCCCAAAGACAGGAUGUGGCAGCGAGACACCACACAGACACCACCUUCCUGUGUCGUCAUGAGUUAUUUCUUGAAUUCAAUCAUACUUCUCACCUUCUUGAUCAAAAUGCUGGCACUUGCAACUUUCUUUGGCUCCAUUUUGGGUCACUGAGGUGAGAAACACUAUUUCAUUGAAUAACUCAUGGUAAAACAGGAAGGUGGUAUUCGAGUGGUGUCUCGCUGCCACAAUGUGUCUUUGGGAACAGUCACGUGAAAUUCAGUGAGGGUUUUGCCUUAACAUUUUUGGUUUUCUGGAACAGAUUAAUUGGAUUCACAUGACUUCUUACGGGAAAAAUGUAUUCAGUUGGCGUCCAUUUCAGUUAGAGUCAGACCUUUUGGAACGAAUUCAUGACGCUAACCAAGGUUCCACUGUAUUAGUGUUGAACAUCAGUCCUGGUAAGAGUUUAUGGAAGCAUCCAUCAUAAAAGCAUUGUUGCAACCCAAUGACUGCAGCAUAUAAAAAAUAUACAACAGUUUUGAGUUACCUAUCAAUAAGAAAGAGAAACAUUUAACACGCUAAAUUUUUGACAGACCCAAGACCUUUGACCUUGAGGCUGAUUGAUUGAUUUCAGACACCUUACUAUUAGUAUUAGUGGUCGAGUAUGUUGGUAUCAAGGGCAUGGAAGCAACUGUUAUAAUGCAUGUCAACAUAUUACAUUAAUAACAGUAUUUAUUACUGGAAAUGCAAAUUCUGUUUAUUUUUUUCCUCAAAAAUGAUCUCCCAGGAAUAGCAGUGACUCUCAUACUUGAAGUGGAGUUCCUCCACUUUAGCUCCUUUUAAACAGACAUGAAUUGAAAUGGAUAUGAAAUUAGUAAAAAUUAAGUAAAAGAGAAAGUUAGACUGUGUUUAAGCGUAAAUCAGACAUAUGUGCUUUGCUGUCAUGACUAUUUACAGGAAUCGAUGGGGAUAAACUAGAAAUGUGCAAAAUUAGUUAUUUGCUAGUUUGUUGGGAAACCGAAAUGUUUUUGUUUUUUUUUUAAUAAUAGUACUCGAUUCAAGUACUGUUAACUUGUAAGUCAACGUAAAAGAUAAAAGGUAAAAAUAGACAUUUUUUUAUGGGCGUAUCAAUUACUUGGCUGCAUUUUUGCCAUUCGCUGAAUGUAGCCCCCACAAAAAGCGGGGAGGUAUUAUACUGUAUAUUUGUAUGAGUUGACAUAAAUUAGCCAACAUUUCCAUGUCAUUCCUAUUAAAAGUGCAUAUAGAAUAUUUCAAAACUUCUUCAACAAAAAGUUUAUUUUCUGCAAGUUGAGUAUGAAUCCAAUACGAUGUAGAUGUCUGUGAGCGCCAUGUAUGAAAGUGUGCCACACAACACACUGGACUAUUUUUGUACCCCAAUACUAAGGUUAGAUUCUAGGAACGACUUUUUUGUUUGUUUCUUUGUUGUUUCAUGUGCUCCACAGAAUAAAACCCUGAUUUUGCCUAUUUUAAAGAUUUUGCUUCCGAGAAGAAGUCAACUUGAACAAGAUUUGAAAACAUGACAAAAGCAGUCAAGCGGUCCGCUCGGUUCGAGCCUGUAAUGAUGUCAUCACUGUGGCAUAUUGUUGCCAAUUGGAGGCUUUUGUUUCGUACACAAUGUCUGUCUGUCAUUUGCUUUUAAAACAAAUUGCACUGAUGCUGUUUUAUUUUUAGUACGUUGAAAUAAACAACUUCAUUUUUGUAGCUAGGCCGUGAAAUAUCCCCUCCCCCUCCUUUUUCGCAAGAGGGAGUGUCGCCUCAUUCGGGCAUUUGGACUUUCUAAAUAAAACAACAAAUUUCUAGGCAUUUGAGGCAUAUUUUGUCAUGGUAGAUGAUGUUGUUUCUGUGUGUACUUGUUAUUUUGAUGUGAUGAUGUUAUUGUAACCCACUAUACUGUAAUAUAAUACAGUAUUUUGGUGGUGCUCUUGUGGUAAAUAAAUUAUUUAAGUUUCAAGGAAGCCGUUGUUACGUGUUGCAUUACAGAAACCAUCAGACUAUUUGCAUGAUGUUGCAGCUUUUCAUGAAACCGUCACCUAUCAGUGUUUUCCCUACAUUCGUCAGAGGCGCCUCACCACGAAUGCAUUGAACAGCCACGAAUAAACUUGGCACUACCUGUUCGCCCUUGCUCAUAAACACAACAUAUUGAGACUGUCGGUAAAUGGAUCUUGUUGUUGUAACUCUGUGCAGUAGAUGACAUAGUAACUGCUUCUUACCGUACCUGGUCUGCCAGAAAAGAAGAUGUAGUGGGAGGGAUCAGUUGCGAUGUUUUGCGGCAUAGAAAAUGGAAGGAUGGAUGCUAUAUUUGUCCAAACAAAUGAACAUUUUGUUGUAUCAGGCAUUACAGUAAAAUGAACAAAAAACUGAAGAAACAAGGUCGGUCUAAUACUUUUUUCCAUGACUGUACAUGCAUUUUUGGUCAAAUCAUUUUGUUUCAUCAAA